AUGAAUGGUGACGAAAUGGUAGAUGCUCAAAGACGAUUAAUGUCCUCAUCGACCUCAUCCAACGAUGAAAUUAUAUCCAAUAGGUCGGAAGGGUCACCACUAGAUCAAAAACCCACAUUGUGGCAAGUAAAUGGCCAACCGAUGAUGAGUCAAUUAUCGCCAACGACCGCAGAUCAAGCGAAUUUGGUAGAGCCAGCCCAAGGCAGCUCGUCUGCUAGUGACCUUUCGGCUGAUGCCGAGGGGGUGUGGUCACCUGAUAUUGACCAGGUUAUUAUUAUUAUUUAUUAUAUUUAUUAUUAUAUAUAA